AUGCAGUACUUUCUACCGGAUCUGAGAGCAAAGAAGUUGUCAAAACAUGCCAAGCUCCACGUGAGGGCCACAAAUGAUAUUCGACGACAUCUCCUGCUGGAUAAGAAAGAGAAGAUCGUGUGGGUCUUCCAUCAAAGCACGGCCUUGAGACAGCUACUAUCAUCUAUGAAAGACGGCACGACCACGGGUGUUUUACCACGAGACCUCAUACUGGAAGUUUUACACACAAUCCAUAAUGUAUUAUUCCCUCCAGAUCCGGGCUCACAAAAGCUGCUCAGACGUCUCGUCAGGAAGCAUGGUUGGGACAAGGGCCUGGAGCUCGACACAACCACGCCCGAAAGAAAGUACAAGGAUCCGGACAUCUCGUUCAAGUAUUUUGGGCAGCGCUUGGAAGAGCUCUACGAUGAGAUGCAAACUCCGACUCCGCAUACAUGGCUGCACAGACGACUCAAGAAGAGGGAGGACGCUCGUGGGUCGCGUGGCAACAGUGGAAACAUCCUGUGA